AACUUAGCUCUGCUAAACACGAGUCGCACAGGAAGACACACACUGUCUCAAAAAACACACUGGACUGGAUUUAAAAGUCUAAAGUGGGAAAAGUUUCAGACAGAGGAGGAGAUAGACUUGUUUAGAUCAUUUACUCCGAGGAAGCUGAGGAUACGGAGACGUCGCUCUGACUGAGGAGGAAAUGUCACUGCUCAAGUGUUUACGAAACAUUUAAGACGCGACAGCUGGGAUAUUUUUAUUUAUGAAAUUUAUUUUAAAGCCGAGUUUCUCAAAAUGUCUCCGCCAAUCAGAUCACUUUGUGCUCUCGGCUUCAUUCUGAUGUUCGCGCGGUGGUGUGAUGGCAGCUGUGCCGAGGUGGACUCCAUGACGGAGGCGGUGGCGGGACAGGACUUCCUGUUAGGUUGCAUCUCCUGUAAGAGAAGGGAGGAAGUCAGCGGCGCUUCUACCGUGGACUGGCACUUUAAACCCGCCGGAGGAGACGAGUUCUUCCACAUCUUCCAUUACGAUUAUCCGACCUCCACCAUCCUGCACGAGGACUUCAAGUCUCGUCUGGAGUGGGGUGGAACUAAAGGAACGGCAGAUCUCCAGAUCGGAGCCAUUUACAUCCGGAACGUCACGUUUAACGACACCGGCACUUACACGUGCACGUUUGAGCGCUCGCUCUUCCUCGCGCUUGGUACCGAACACGUGACCAUCAAAAAAACAGUGGAGCUCACCGUCUUGGCAGAAGCGAAUCGUGAGUUGACGGCGGUGAUUUCGGAGAUCAUGAUGUACGUCAUCAUCGUUGUGCUGCAGCUGUGGCUGAUCGGGGUGCUGAUUUACUGCUACAAAAAAAUUUACGCUGAAAACGAAGCUCGCGAGGCCAGAAAAGCUCUGCAUGCAAAAAACAAACUUAUUGACUCGAAGGAGACUUGCGAUGGAGUUCACUUGGAGUAGCUGCACUUUCGGAGCGAUGAAUCCUGGACGUUUUGCUGUUCACAAGAAGAAAUAUCUUUAAAGUCUUAAACAUAAAUAAAUUUACAUUCGUAAGUUUGUUUAAAAGGAGGAAGUGAAGCAGCGUUAGCUUUUCUGACUUAGCCAGUGGCACUGAUAACAGAAUUAUAAGUUACUUACUGCUAUGCUAGUUUGUUAGGUUAAUCUACUUACUUUACUACUAGUUUGUGAGGUAACAUUUAUUUUAAAGCUAGUAUGUAAGCUAGCAUGUACGAUACUGUUAUGAUACGAUCUACUGUUAUGCUAGUUUGUACGAUAUCAUGUUUACUGUUCUGCUAGUUUAUUAGGUUAAUCUAUUUACUACUAGUUUGUGAGUUAGCAUAUUUUCCUGUUAUGCUAGUUUGUAAGUGUUAUGCUAGUUUGUAAGUUAUGUUUACUAUUAUGCUAGUUUGCUUUAUUAGUCUGUUUACUUUAAAGCAAUUUGUAAGCUAGCAUAUUUUCCUAUUAUGUUAGUUUGUAAGUUAUCAUGUUUACUGUUAUGCUAGUUUGUUGGAUUAGUCUAUUUACUACUAGUUUGUAAGUUAGUAUAUUUUCCUGUUAUGCUAGUUUGUAAGUGUUAUGCUAGUUUGUUGGGUUAGUCUAUUUAAUACUACUUUGUAAGUUAGUGUAGUUUCCUUUUAUGCUAGUUUGUAAGUUAUCAUGUUUACUGUUAUGCUAGUUUGCUGGAUUAGUCUAUUUACUUUAACACAAGUUGUAAGUUAGCAUAGUUUUCUGCUUUGCUAGUUUGUAAGUAAGCCUGUUUACUCUUAUUGAAGUUUGUUGAGUUAGUCUAUUUACUAUAAUGCUAGUUUAUAAAUUAGCCUUUUAACUGUAAUGUUAGUUUUCAAGUUAGUCUACUUACUGAUAUGUUUGUUUGUAAGUUAGCAUUUUUACUGCUAUGUUAGUUUACAGUUAUAUUAGUAAGCUAGUCUAUUUACAGAUAUGCUAAUCUGUAAAUUAGCUGAAUUAUUUUAAUGCUAGUUUAUUUAAAUGCUUGUUUGUUACUUAGGUUACUAGUGAACUAACAGAAGGAAACCUACAGAGUCCACAUUAGAUGUUUUUCGCUCAGGAAUGUUAGCGCUGUUAUAUGUAGCAUGUAGCGCAGGAUGAAAGUGUGUUUAUCUCAGAGAGUGAAAGAGAAGUGUAAGUGUUAACUAGUUUAUUAUUGUAAUUUACUGUUUUUCUGUGCUAUGUGACUAACAAUGCAAUAAAACACCGCUUUAUUCA